CGACUUUUGAUAACGUCGGAUCGGAUCAAAUGUAAACAAUAAUAUUAUUAUUGUUUAAAUUAUUCUGCUGCAGGCAUAUCAAUUCUGUAGUAGAUUAGAAAGUGGUCCGUUCAGUGCGCCACUCGCCAGCACAGAGAUAUUUUAUGGGGUUAACAACCUUCGCCAGUUUUAAAAAUAUGUUUGCUCAGCUUUCGUUAUAUAAAUAAUCUAUUUUUCGUAGUGUUGUGAACAGUGAUUGCGUAUUAAAAUGAAGUUCAAGAUCGACAGGGGACUUCUGCCUGUGAAAAUACAUUUCUUUUUCUUCUUCGCUGCGCUGGGGCCAUUGCUGCCGCAGAUCAAUGUAUUCGGCAAGCAGUUGGGGGUGUCGCCCGCCGUUAUGGGACUGGUGACCGCCGUGCUGCCCCUGCUGUGGGCGGCGGCGAAACCGCUGUUCGGAUACAUUGUGGACUAUUGGCCGAGUAGAAGAAAAUUCGUCUUCAUGAUGCUCAUACUAAUAAUGUCCGGGUCCUACUGUUGUCUAUGGUUUUUACCAAUGCCGGAGGAACCGGAAACACCGGAACCACUAUUAGAAUCGGUGUACCAACUCAACGACACAGUUUACAUAAAAAAAUACAACACAAGCGAAGUGGCCAUCUUGGAAAAGUACACUUGUCAUUGGAACUGCACCACAGACGAUAACUUCCAAGUUUACUUGACAAACACAACAUUCAUAAACACUGUGUACGUUGAUAAUAAAAAUAUAUCUUGCUCGCUCUUACACAUGGAUUUUGACGAUAUGCGCGAGGGAGAGAUGACGUGUACUCCGAUAAAGGAUUGCAACUUGUUAUGCUACGAUGAGUCGUUAAUAGAUGUUGAUGUUUAUAAUAGGAGUAAAAGAGAGAUAGGAGACUCGAAUGCUAAUAAAGUGGGUGUGUUGGAGAAGGAUGGAGAUAGGAUUCAAAUCGCAGAUGAAGAGGAUGGAGGUAGUUUGUAUAUGACAUGCACUUUUUGGGCAUUUGUCAUUUUGAUGUGUAUUGGUACAGUUGCGUUUAAUGUUGCCAAUUGUAUUGGAGAUGCCGUUUGUUUUGAUGUUUUGGGCCCAGAGCGGGGGUCCAAGUACGGGGCACAGCGGGCGUGGGGCACAGCGGGGUAUGGGGUCACAGCUCUGCUAGGCGGCUGGCUCAUUGACGUGGUGUCGGGGGCAUCGCGCACCAAGGACUUCACGCCUGCCUUCAUAGUGGCCAUCGUAGCCACUGCCGUCGACUUGGGGGCGUGCAGGAAGCUGAAUCUGCCGUCCCUGUCGAGUCCGGACGACUCGGGCAAGGCUCUGCGAGACGUGCUGCGUAUCCCGCGGGUGCUGGUGUUCAUCAGCUUCGCGGUGGUGGUCGGCGUGUUCGACAGCUUUAUCAUCUACUACAUGUUCUGGUUUUUAGAAGAGCUGGCAGAGACAACCGGCUCUAUGGAACAGAUCAAACUGAUCGAGGGCGUGGUCGUCGCCGCGCAGAGUUUCAUCGGAGAACUGCUGUUUUUCUUCUUUUCUGGUAAAAUAAUAAAGCGUUGGGGAUACGGCACGACUCUCACGUUCUGUCUGUUCUGCUAUGGGGUUCGCCUGGCGCUCAUCUCGCUCAUACAGCAUCCCUGGCAUCUCGUCUUUAUUGAGGCAGUAAUGCAAGGGCCUACAUACGCGCUCUGCUACGCGGCUAUAGUGGGGUACGCGGCGCACGUGGCGCCUGAGGGGUACUCCGCCACAGUGCAGGGCAUCGUCGCCGGCAUGGACGACGGCGUGGGUUUCGCGCUGGGCUCCCUGGUGGGGGGUCAGCUGUACGCCGGCGCGGGGGGGCGGGGCUCGUUCCGGAUAUUCGCGGGCAUGGCGCUAGUAGCGUCCGGCGCGCACGCGCUACUGUUCGCCGCCGUCACUAGGAGCGACAAGCACGAACAAAAGCAACCGGAAGCGCAACAACCGGAAGUAGAGAAAAUGCUACCGGAAGACGACGGCAACGCCAUCUACCGGCCGACGGUUGUGCCGAUCACAGACAAACAGAAACAUGUAGACAGAUAACAUACACGUUGCCAUUCGACAUUUUGUUGACAGAUAACAUAAUAAUUUUUGACAACAUCAACAUAUUUUUAAACAAUUUUGCGUCAUAUAAUUUUUUUUUUUAAAUUUUUAUAUCUCAAAAGUCUUUUUUGAUCAUUUAUAUUAUAAUAGAAUUUUUUUUAUAUUAUGCGUUCAUUGACCUCUUAUAAUAAAACAAUCAUGUAGAAAAUUUCCCUUAAAAACUGGCCAAUUUUGCUUUGACAGUUUUAAAAUUAUAUAAAAAUUCUACCUAAAGGUCUUUAAAUAUAGUCCAAUAUUCAGUAAAAUUUCAAAUUCAGAGCAAAUUCAACCUUAAGCAUUGAGUUUAAGGUUGAAUUUGCAAAUGCGACUACUUGAAUUGAGUGCCAAGAAGUUACUUGGCACUCAUUGAGUGGAAAAGUUUUUUGGUUGUUAAUUGUGCAUCCACUUUUUAAUAGGCGAUUGGUGGUCACAUAUAUUUUUUUUUUUAAUUUAUGUACCUCAAAAAGCAUCUUUUAUAAUGGGAUUUUUAUACUAUGCGUUUGACAAAAACUUACAUUUAUUAAAUUUACAAAGUAACCUUUAUAAAAUAAUUUAAUUUGUUACUAAAAGAUUUUUUCAAAUCUGACUGGUACUUUCAGAGAUUUGCGCUUACAAACGAACUGUAAAGUUUUUCAGUUUUAUUAUAUUAUAGAAGGUAAAAUGUUUUUCUGUGAUGCCAUGCGUUGCCAUAAAAUAUAUAAAACAGGGUUUAAACUUAUAAAUGUAAUAAUUAUAACAUUUUUGUAAUAGUGAUAUUAUCAUACGUAUUUCACGCUUAUGUUUUAUUUUAGUAACUUUAGUACAACCAAAUUAGCAUCAAUAUAAAAUCAAAUGGUAUGAAAAGUUUACAUAUUUAAUAUUUCACUUUAUAGUUGAUUAUAAAGUAAGUUUAUGGUUUAGUUAUUUUUUUAUUGUUUAGAGACGCUAGUACAACUAAAUUAGCAACACUAUAUAUCGUUUUUUAUGGUAUUUUACUGUUUUGCUUAGAAAUGGCUUACAACUUUUAACUGACUUCAAAAAAAAAGUAAGAAGGUUUUCAAUUUGAUAUUUUGUUUAAAUGUUUGUUACCUCAUAACUUCGUCAUUUACAAUGGAAUUCAUAGACAUAGUAGGGGCACCCCCAGGGGAUCAUUCAACUGCUGAGUGUCGAAUUUAGCCUCUAUUUGUUUGAGAAUUUGACACUUAGCGGGUGAAUGAUCCCCUGGGGGUGUCUUAAAACGUCUAUGAAUUCCACUGUUAAUAACCAAUUUUGAUUUUUUUUUGUUUGAAAGAUACUUCCAGAUUGGUCCAAUUAAAUUUUUACGAAAAUCAGUUUACCAAUUUUGUGUUAACGGUCACUAUGCUAGGGCCCACUAAAAUAAAGAAAAAUAAAAUGUUUGUUUUUUAAAACGUACAUUAGUAAAAAAGGACAAAAUUACAUCCUUUCUAUUGAUCGCUUUGAAGGCGGUGCCAAAAAAACAAUAAACUUCAAGAGCCUUGACAUAUUAUAUACGAUGUUAUUUUUCGCUUUUUAGAGUAAUGCGCUUUUGAAUUUUUUUGUGAAAAAGAUUUUAUGUAUUUUAAAAACUUUUCAUUUUUACAAUAAAACGUGGCUAAAAAUAAAGGUUGAGUAAAAACUAAAUAGGCUAAGACAUACAUUUUUUUUACUUUAUACUACGAAAAUUAACAGAGCAGAUAAAAGUUUUUUCCAACCAAAUUAUAACUAUUGCUUAAGUCACGGUUGGAUGAAUAGCCUACAUAUAAUUUACCAUUUAAAUUUUAUUGUAAAUACUAUAUACUCUAAUAUAAAAUAAAUAAAGUUUAGAGAUUCUUAAAUAACCAAAUUAGCGUCACUACCAUUUUUAUGGUUAAACGAAUAGUUUGCGUAAGACAUUUAUUUUUAUCUUCAAAAGAAGGUUUACAAUUCGUUGGAAUAUUUUGUUUUAAUUUAAUGUAUUAGAAACGCUAGAACAACUAAAUUAGCAUCACUAUAUAUUUGCAUAACUUACCUAAACUGCUUGGUAUUUUACAUUGUUGUAUAUAUUGUAAUACAACCAAAUUAGCAUUACAGCGAAUGGUUGUACGAAUACCAUUAGGCCAUGUGUUGUUUUAAGUUAUUGUUUAGAAACACUACAACAACCGAAUUCACCUCCGUACAGGGUUUUGGUUUGGUACCUUACUUUUUUGUUUAGAGACGCUAGUAUAACCAAAUUAGUUACAGGUUGGACGAAUAGCCUACAUAUAAUUUACUAUAUAAAAUAUUAUUUUAAAUUGUAUAGAUUAUAAAUUAUAUUACAAUCAAAUUAGGACCGCUGUAUAGCAUAUUAUGAUUGUAUGCGCUAUAUCUAUUUAACAUUGUGGUUUUAGACUUAAAAAUAUAUUCUUUAUUGUCAUAACAUUCGAAUAGCCGAUGUAUUUCUAUUUACCUUUUGGUAUUUUAUUUUAUAAUUAAGAUAUUUUAAUACAACUUAAUUAGUACCAUUAUAAUGGUGCUGAUUAGGUUGUAUUAAAAUCAUAAUGGUUAAUUGUAAUUAUUAUUGAAUAAGUUGUGGUUGUAACUUUAUUAUUUUACUUUAGUAUAACCAAAGUAGCACCACUGUACAUCAUCUAUGGUCGUGUUAUUUUAAAAUUAACAACUUUAUGGUUGUAUAAAAUAGCCUUUUUGGCUUUUUACUUUAAUAGUUAGAGAUGUUAUUACAACCAAAUUAGCAUUAUAUGAUAUAUGAUUUGGCAUAUAGUUUUUUUAUAAUAUAUGUCGCUCUUAUAUAAAUACCACAUCUAAAUUCUUUGCGUGGUUGCAGGUUUGAUUCCCGGAUUGGUAAUGUUUUUAUAUGCGUAAAGUAAGUGCCAAAUAAAAUGUACUGAAUGUGUUAUAUUAGACUGAAUGUGCCAUUUAUAUAUUUGUUGAUUUUAUAUUGCGAUCCAACCUCUCAUUCACACUUAAACGAAAAUGACUUCGUGGGAAAGAGAUAGACAUAUCUUAUUUGUUUAGAAAUAAUUAUUUAAACAUAAAUCAUAUUUCUAUAGAAUUUAUUUCUGUAAUUUUAAAAUUGUCAGUUCUUUUAGGCGACAAUGCGUUAACAAGCUAAAGACUAAAGACCAGGCGCUGUGAGGUGUUGAGUGUGCAUAAUUCGAGGACCGCAUUCUGUUUACAGCAGUGGCGAAGGAUCAUAACGAAGGUAAGCCGUCUCAAAGAAAAGGUAAUUCACACCCACUUGAUACAAAAUGCGGUUUCUCAUACAUCCAUACAUACCUAUGUAUUAAUUAGAAUAUUGAUUAUGUAUGGAUUUUUAAAAGGUAACCCGAUAGGAAUCGGCGUGUAUGGACUCUUCGCCGCUGGUUUACAGUUUUGAACACAGAAAAACAUGCAGAUUACGAUUUGACGACCUCCGUGGCGCAGUGGUAUGCGCGGUGGAUUUACAAGACGGAGGUUCUGGGUUCGAUCCUCGGCUGGGCCGAUUGAGGUUUUUUUAAUAAUAAAUAAAUAAUAAUACUGGCUGGUGGCCGGCAAAGACGUACCGCCAAGCGAUUUAGCGUUCCGGUACGAUGUCGUGUAGAAACCGAAAGGGGUGUGGAUUUUCAUCCUCCUAACAAGUUAGCCCGCUUCCAUUUUAGAUUGAAAUAGAAGUUUAAAAAAAAAAAGUGCAUGUUUGUUGGUGCUCGAAUUUUGCACACUCAAUAGCUCACAGCGCCUGGUCUUUAAAAACAUCUUGUGGUUUCGAAAUUAGUCUUCUAUAUACCGACAAUAAUUAUGUUUUUGCAAUGCUAAUCGCUUUAAGUCUAGCAAGUCCGUUGAUGAUACUCCAAUGAUAUGCGGGCGACGGGGGGAAAGACUGCGCGAGUGUAAAAACGUGCGUGCGGGGAAGUGACGUGCAUCGGGUUUUUCAUUCAUCGCUACAUGCCUCCCGGCCCGCGCGGAUCAUCCGGAGUGUUUUGUACGAAGUCGCCAAGUUAUAUCUCUUACGAACGCCUAAGUGUGAGCGAGACGCUGAAUCGCAAUUUUUUUAUUAAUUACUAUGAAAUUGUUGUUCAAGGAUUUUUUUUUUACAAGUUUUUAAUGUUUUUAUUAAUACGUCUGUUUAUUGUCUGCAAAUAUACUCGAGGGGGGUCUUAAACGAAAGCGCACUGACAGAGGAUAUUGAUGACUUCGAGAGUGUAAUUAUAUUUCAUGACCUUCGGGGGUUUUUCAAAAUUUUCAAUAGGGAUGAUGACUAGGUUUGAAUAUAUUGAUUUGUAUGAUACAUUCGGGUAAAUAAGGUCAAUGUUAACUGAUUUAUACAUAAAAAGCAAAGAUUGACUGGAUAUUUGCAAACUAUAUAAGAUUACUAGCGGACGCUCGCGACUUCGUCCGCGUGAAACACGAUGUAAACUUUCAACUUUCCCUACACUACCCUACCCCUACCUUUUCCUGUUUUUUUUUUUGCUAUAAACCUCACGGAGCCCGAGACCUUUCCAACGAAUGCAAAACCGUGGAAAUCUGUUCGUGCGUUCUGGAGUUAUAGCGUCAGGAAGGAAAACCCGACUUAUUUUUAUAUAGUAGAGAGAAGAGAUAAAAUUUCUAAAUCUACUAAAAAUAUUUUAUCGUAAUUAGAUGAAAAUUCAUACAGUUUCAGCUUUCUUAUAUUAAAUGUGACGUUUUCAAUACAUGAACUAUAAACAUAAACGCACAAAUAACAAAGAUAUUAGUAAUUUUCUUUGAAAGCCCAUACAAAUCUAACGAUCAUUAUGUACCUACGACGUCAUUAAUUGGUACCAUUUUGUAUGGGGCGUUUUUCAGGGAUCCGCGGCAGCGCCGCAAAUCUGAUCCUUUAAAUCCCUGUAGCUCCGAAAGUAAUGAUCGCAGAUACCCUGUUACUUUUACAAAAUUGCUUUACUGUUAGCGUACUCUCAAUUUAUAUGCAAUUUAAAAAACUGUCAUCAUCCCUAUUUUACGUUAUUAUUAUUACGAAGUUUACCUACGAUCUCAGUUUAUGUUAGGUGACGAUAAUCCAAUAGUUCAAUAUGAUGAAGUGAUUACUAUUAAAAUUAAUUUUCCUUCCGUAAGUAACUUCGUCUUGAUGAGACGAGCAAUUUAUUCCUUUACAACCUAGACCAGGGUUUCUCAAAGUGGGGUACGCGGACCCCUAGGGGUUUGCCAUUCGACGGCAGGGGGUUCGCGACAAGAUUUACGUAAUGGUGGCUUGAUAACUGAUACUAAGUCAGAAUGAAGUCUCCAAAAUUACUCCUAACGUUGAAUCCAUUUGCGACAAGAAACAAGCACACCCAUGACAUAAAUAUUACAAAGACAUUUCUUUUGGUACUUUAUGUGUUGCGUUUUAUACAAAUAAAAACCGUAUUUUCUACAAUAGUCUAAUUUUUUUUUAUCUUUGGGGAGGGGGAGGGGGGGGGGGUCCAUUAGUUAGUAAGGGGUUAGCUGUCACUUGGAAAUUUUAACAGGUUCGAAAGUUCGAGAAACCCUGACCUAGGCUACUAACUGAAGCUGUUAUUGAAUCCGGGAUGUAUCAAUUGUAAAGCAAGCAAUGAUUAUUUUUAUUAACUUAUAAUUAAAAAAAAAAUAUUUUAAAAUAAACGUUUUUAGUGUCUUUCUACAUCUUCUACUAGAGCAUGAAACACUUUUGUGUUUCAAACUGUCAGCUUGGUGUAACUUACUGGCCGGGAUAUACAGGGUGCUCGGGAGUAUUUCCCAUAACUUAAGGUGUUACAAGUCCACUUAUAGGAGUCGAACUGCAUAAGAAAUUCUUUUUUAAGCUAAAAAAACACAUUUUAUGUUUUUAUACAAAGUAAUUCGCCUUUAGCUAUCAUUGCAUUUUAAAAUACAUAAUCGCAGUGGUAAGACUGUCAGACGGGAUAUUGCAACUGGCACUCCGUACUUUACUAGUAAGCUACUUCAUGAUAUUUAUCACUUUAUAGGUUAUAAGGAUGCGAUACAUGGGACAGUAUUUAUGUUCUGUUUACAAAAGAAUUUUUACUCUUUAAAAUAUACGUUUUAGAACACAUGUUCCUUAGAAAUUUUUAAUUCAUUUUCUUUAUCGAUAACCCUAGAGUUAUGGGAAAUUCUCCCGAGCACCCUGUAGCAUACCUAUGUUGAUUUACUGAAAUGUAUUGAUGAUAUAUACGUAUAAUACAUAAGUAAUUUAGUUGUUUAUUUUUUUUUUGUAUAUUAAUAUUUCUAUAUUUUGUAUUGAUGAAAUACCUAAUAGUAAUAAAUAAAUAUUAUAAAUAAAUAAUUGUUAUUGUUAA